CACUCGUCUCAGAGGCUUUAAAUAGGGAUCCUUAUGUAGCUAUAAGCUAUUAACACGCACUAAAAUUUGACAUGAAGGCUAGCAAAACAAACAAACAAGCAAGCAAUUUUAGUUUUCGUUUAUGCUAACACAUUUUUUAGCCCUUCGGUUUACGUUGACGCGCAGACAUUUAGAUUAAGUGGAUGUCAUUGUAGUGCUGUUUACACUUUCGUUGCACUUUUCUUUCCACCUUUCGUUUGUGUCUGCAGAGUUUGAAUAUUAUCUGUGUUGUCAAAGUUGUGAACCUGUUGAAGUGGAGGAUUCAGACUCAGAACAGUUUUUCCUGUGCGAUCAGACAAAGUACAACAUGUUCUUUGAGGACUGUUUGUCAGGUCUGCAUUGAUAGGAUACAUAAUACUUCCAUUUAGACAGCAUGGCAGCUGUUUUGGUGAGAAGAGGAACAAGAUUAUGUUGUUUCCACAGAGAGUUGUGUAGAGUUGUGUGGCGUCCACAGGCUGCCCUGUUCAGCUCCAACCAAUCUGACAGAAAACAACCACGCAGGACACACAUCAGGAAAGCAAAGCCACAGCCAGCAGUGGAUGUCAGUACACUGCUUGAGCAGAUAUUUUCCCACAGGAGACCUGGAACAGCACCACAUGCUAGUAAAUCUCGAACAGUCCAAUCCUCCUCCAUAUCAACCAAACCUCCUUCUACCUCAUCUUUGAAGGUCUCCGCCUCAAACGUUCCACCUCUGUUAAAGACAGAGCCAGCAAUUUCUGCCUUUCCUGCUACAUCUAGUCUCAAGCAAGCUGAUGGUGUGGUUAGCCCUGAACACCCACCCCCUCAACCAAAGUCUACAUCACAGGCAAACCUAGAAACCUCACAGGAUCCUCUUGCAUCAUUAGAAUCAGAGGCACCAGCAGUAGAAACAGUAGAAACCAAAGCUGGAACAGAGGCGCUGGAUGUCUCAGUGCCGUCCAAACCAGGUUAUACAAUAGAUCAGACUCUGGAGACAUCGUCUUUUCAUGCUUCUACAGUAGAACCUGUUAUAAAAGCCACAGUAGAAUCACAAGUAGAUGCCAGCCCUGCUACUGUGGAAACAAUUACUAUUGAAGAUCCAGUAGAACCUGCAGAAGAUGCAACUGUGCAAAGCAAAAGUAUACAAUUCCCAGACACUUCACAGGAUCCUUUUGCAUCAUUAGAAUCAGAGGCACUAGCAGUAGAAACAGUAGAAACUGAAGCUGGUGCAGAGACACUUGAUGUUCUAGUUCUGUCCAAACCAGCCUACACGAUAGACCAAACUAUUGAGAUGUCCUCUAUUCAUGCCUCUACAUUAGAACCUGUAAUAAGAAUUCCAUUAGAAUCACAAGUAGAUUCCAGCCCUGCUACUGAGGAAACAGUUUUUACAGCCUCUACUGCUGAGGAUCCAGUAAAUCCUACAGAAGAUGCAAUAGUGCAGAGCAAAAGCCUACACUUCCCAGACAUUUCACAGGAUCCUCUUGCAUCAUUAGACUCAGAGGUACCAGUGGUAGAAACAAUAGAAACUAAAGCUGAUGCAGAGAUACUUGAUGUUCCAGUGCUGUCCACACCAGGUCAUACAAUAGACCAGACUCUGGAGGCAUCGUCUUUUUGUGCUUCUGCUGUAGAUCCUGUGAUAAAAGCUACAUUAGAAUCACAAGUAGAUGCCAGCCCUGCUUUAGUGGAAUCAAUAGUCACUGCAGCCCCUGUUGUUCAAGACCCAGUAGAUUCUACAGAAGAUGCAAUAGUACAUAGCAAAAGCUUUGACUCAGAAGUGCUUGGUGACCUGAAUCCUAGUAAAGAACUUCCCACAAUAGAAACUACAAUAGAAUCAGAAACUGAAGGUGCAAUAGGAAUGACAGUAGAAGCUGAAGUAGUAGAAGCUGAAGCAGUAGUCCAAGUGGUACAAACCAACAGCACAGACUCAGUACAGGUUGAGGUAUUAGAUGUUACCAAAGAAGAAUCAGUAAUGGAAACAACAGAUUCAUUAGCAGAGACCAGGACCUCUUCUUUAGAGACUGAAGUUGCUGUUGUUGAAGGUCCAGCAGAGCCUACAACAAAACCUGUAUCAGCUACAGCAGCUGAAAACAGCAGGAAUGCACACGAAUCUGCAGCAGUGCCUUUUAAAAAUGAAUCUGUAGUAGAAACAUCCUUAGGAAAUGUCACAGUAGAGGAGGGAGUGAGUGAGACUGAAGGGAUAUCUAUAGAGUCUGUAAUGAUGGAAUCCUUAAAAAUUGAAGAGCUCCUCCAAACGCAAUAUGUUCUUGUUGAAGAAGAUGAAAAACAAUUUCAAUGUAUGCUAGACCAGACAGAAUCUGAAACUGAACACCAAACUAAAAAUGAGAAAUCACCCGAGCCUGAAAGUGAAAAUUUAACAGAAGUUCUCUCAAAAUGGGAGUCGUUGACAGAAGAUCUUCAAGAUUUGGAAGGAGAGACAAGAAUGUUGGAGAAACAGUUUCUCUACAAUGAUCCUGUGAGGCUUUCCAGGGUAGAAACAGGUACAAUGUCUGAUCCACCUGUAGAGGACAUUUUGAAGAUGGAUGAGGAAGUAGCUGAAGCUGAAUCCAUGACACUGGAGUCGCUGAUACUAGCAGAAGUGAAGGCUGAAGUGGGAAGACUUGAAACUGAAGAACUACGAGAAACGUGUACUGCGCUUGAGAAAGAGGAAGAGGUGGUACCUAAGGAGGAGACUGGAGUAAAGACGGCAGCAACAGAUGCAGAUUUAGCCCUAGAGUCUCUCCUGGAUGCCUCUGAUACAUUGAAAGCCGAUGCAUCCCAUAUACUGGAGGCUGUGAUUUUUUCUGAGCAAGGACCAGUUGUUGGCCAGAAACUGGGACCACGGGAAGAGGCAAUUAUACAGGAAGUAGAAAAAGAGUCCCAAGGGGAGGAAUAUAGGGUCCUGGAUGGCAUUACUAAUGAGGUGGCUGAAAUUGAUGUUUUGUUGCCUACCCUGGAGAGCACGUAUUUGAGUAAGACCAUAGAUUGUCUGGAGAAGGCACCGGAUGUUCUUGCCAAAGAGGAGAAGAUGGAGGUAGAAGAUGCUGCGGCACUUGAAGGAAUGAUAGGAGCUCUAGAGGUUGAUUCUCUGUCAGAGGCUGAUGUUGAAGCUCUACCCGAAGCUCUGCAGUCUGAUGUACUGAUGGAGGAGCUGCUCUGUUUUGCCUCUGGAUCUGUUGCUAAAGACCCUGUUUCUAGGAUUGCUGCCACAGGGUUAGCCAGUGUUGAUAAAGAGGCUACGGUGACUGAUGGAGUUCCAGAUCCACCUGCUUUGGGUGAGAUAGUGCCUGAACUGGAGGAGGUGAAGGAGGAGGCAAUGCAGACUGAAGCCCUGGAGGUUCUGAAAGAUUUGGAUCCAGUUCAGAGACUCUUUCUGGAGAAGAUCAAGGAGUACAACACGCACAGUAGAGAAGCGGUGGUGAAGGAGCCAGAUUACGAGAGGCGCCUGUCAGAGGAGACAGCUAAGCUCCAGAGACUUUAUGGUGGAGGAGACCUGAACAGCUUCCCUCAGUUCACCUUCACAGAGCCUAAAAUGGACCAGGACACCAAAUGAACCUUGACUUCUACUGCCUUCUUUUUUAUUCUUUGCCCGUCAUCACCCUCUUCUCCCAUUUGCCUGCCCCCUCUCUUAUCGCCCAUAUGUCCUCCUCCAUUACCUCCUCAUUUGAGUUUUUAGUCCAACUGAGAAAAGAGAAGGAGAGAGAAGGAAUCAAGUUAAGUCUGAAAAAACUGUUGUGUCAAGUCCACUAACGAGGCAUCAUUAUGUUUUCACCUGCUUGAAAAACAUACAGUAUUUUAUAGAUUUCAACAGUCACUUCAGCUCUGCUUGCUAUGUGUACAACAAGCUCCAAACAAACUGCCCUUAGUGGCAUUAAAAAUGGUAUAGUGCUCUUGCAUUUUUUAGUUUUCAACCACAUCUCCCAGUCUUUAUGAAAAGAUUCUACUCAGGUAAUGAAGACUGUUGUAAAAAGCUGUUAUGGAGACAUGGAGUUGAGUUUUCACUGCAAUUUCCAAGGUCAUGUAUAGUUUGCUCAGUCUCAAUUUAUUACAUAUAUUUUUGCAAUCUGUAUGAAAAAUGCCUUUCAGACUGUUACAGUGUAUCUUAUAGUGGUGGCUCUGAUGAUGAUGAUGGUAUUAUUAUCAUGGUUGUGUAUGCUGUGUUUUUACAUUAGUGAGUAAAUGCAGAUAUUGUGAAAAUUUAUCAUAGUUUUUUUUUUUUUUUUGGAUUUAUCUUUUGGGUCUUGAGUUGAAAAAGUCAUGGAACCCCUGAUUUACAGAAAUAAAGACAUUUCUACCAUAAA